AUGACACAAGCGCCAGCCGAAGAGGCAUCAGAUUCUCAAUGGCUAAUUAACGCAACCCAGCCUCUACGCUGGCUUCGAGGCGCUCUCCCCACUAUUUUUGCCAAGCCUGCAACUGUCGAACCUGAGAUCAAACCUAUUCCUAGAACGAAUAUUGAACAACGUCGAUCGUCACUCGUCGCCACUUCCCUUGAUCAAGAUGAGACUCUUCCUGAGAAGAUUACCACACAGCAGGAACACGGGAUUAGUGUGUCGGAAACCGUCGCCAAGGAUGAGACUGUUCUUUACCUCGCAUACGGGUCAAACCUAGCUUCCAAGACAUUCCGUGGAAUGCGCGGCAUAACACCACUGUCGCAAAUAUCUGUACUCGUCCCCGAACUCCGUCUCACCUUCGAUCUUCCCGGAGUACCGUACGCAGAGCCCUGUUUCGCAGGCACGCAAUACAGAGAUAUUUCCUCAGCAGACGACGAGACCGAACUCCAAGACGAUGAGACGGAUGUGUCGGACAAUGAGUACCUGUCUGAGAAGGCAGCGCUCAUAACUCGGACACGGGAGGUGGAGGUGGUCUCGGAUUGUGAUAAGCGCCAAUGGAGCAAACCUCUAGUCGGAGUCGUCUACGAAGUCACACUCGCCGACUACGCAAAGAUUAUCGCCACGGAGGGUGGUGGUCGUGGAUACCGCGACGGUGUCAUCGAUUGUCACCCCUUCCCUUCCUCGUACGACCCUUCCGACCCCGUCCCAGAUCACCCCAGCACACCGGCUUUCAAGGCACACACCCUGCUCUCGCCAGCUGCGGAAAGUGCCCGCCUCAAAUUGAAAUCCCAGAAAGGCGAUGUCGCGCCGCUGUCCAGUGGUCCAAAGCUGCCGUGGUGGCAUACCGUCUGCUUGCAUUUCCGGCCGGAUCCUUACUACGCUCAGCCCUCUGCCCGCUACCUUGGGCUGCUCAAGUCUGGUGCUGCGGAACAUUCUCUGCCUAUUUCAUAUCAAGAAUAUCUUGCACAGAUCAAACCUUAUCGUACUACAACUUCGCGCCAGAGUGUCGGGAAGAUGAUCUUUUUGAUUAUGUGGGCGCCUUCGUUGAUUUUGACUAUGUCAUUAUCUAGAGCAUGCGCAGGUCCCGAUGGUCGUAGUCCGAUAUGGCUGGUGACUCUGGCCAAUAUCAUUUCUUCGGGUAUGUGGAAUAGCUACGAUUGGUUCUUUGCUCCUAUCUUUGGGGAUGGCGAGCGGGCUUUAGAUGAUACCCGGGCCUGA